CUCACCUGCUGUGUGAGUGUGUGGGAGCCCCCAGAGCAGUCGUAGGACCCCGUGCAAUAGAACUGCAACAAAUAAUAAGGGAAGAUAGCACCCAGUUAGCACCAAGAGAGUAAAUAUCCUGCCCCUUCCCCUGGAGCAAGAGGAAGUUCUCAAGGGCACAGCCUGGGGCAUCAAGGAGACGAUUAACAUCAGCGCUGCUCUAGGAAAGGACCCUCCUGCCUUGUCUGGAUCCUCAGAGCAGAACCCGAGCUGAACCCACUGCUGCCACCUUUACCCCCUGAACUGCUUUCCCCAGUAGCCGGGUUUCUGUCCUUUGCUGAUUCUUUUUCUGUGGCCCACCCAGAAGCAACAGCUGUCCCCCUGUGUUGGUGAGGCGGCGAGACCUCCCAGUCCUAUCCCAGCAUGUUGGCUAAUCAGUCUGCCAUCUGUCUCUUCUCUGGCGUGUGCGCCACUCUCUUUGCUCUGGCACUCCUCUACUAUCUGUACUGGACGGUGACACUAAGUGAGGGUCCGUGCAAGCGAUUCUGAUCCACACCUGCAGGAUGGGGCUCUGGGGGUUCCUGAAGACUCAGUUUGUGGUCCACCUCCUCAUUGGCUUUGUGUUUGUUAUGAGCGGCCUGAUUAUCAACUUCCUGCAGCUCUGCACCCUGCCUCUAUGGGGCAUCAACAAGCCGCUAUACCGCAGGAUCAACUGUCGCAUGGCCUACUUGCUAUGGAGCCAACUGGUGAUGCUUUUGGAGUGGUGGUCCGGCACCCAGUGCACCCUCUUCACUGACCAGCAGACCAUCGAUCACUUUGGGAAGGAGCACGUUAUUGUAAUCCUUAAUCAUAACUAUGAAAUUGAUUUCCUGUGCGGCUGGACUAUGUGCGAACGCUAUGGCGUCCUGGGGAGCUCCAAGGUACUGGCAAAGAAUGAGCUGCUGAUGGUGCCGCUGAUUGGCUGGACCUGGUAUUUCCUGGAGAUUGUAUUCUGCAAACGCAAGUGGGAGGAGGACAGAGAUACCGUGAUCCAGGGGCUCAGGGACUUGAGGGACUACCCAGAAUACAUGUGGUUCCUGCUGUACUGUGAGGGCACCCGAUUCACAGAGACCAAGCACAAAAUCAGUAUGGAGGUGGCGGAUAAGAAAGGCCUCGCUCGUCUCAAACAUCAUCUCUUGCCUCGUACCAAAGGGUUCACUACUGCAGUCCAGUGUCUGAGAGGCACAGUCUCAGCGGUGUAUGAUGUAACAUUAAAUUUCCGCGGGAACAAGAAUCCAUCCUUGCUGGGUAUUCUGUAUGGGAAGAAGUAUGAGGCCGAUAUGUGUGUAAGACGCUUCCCUAUAGAAGAGAUUCCCGAGGAUGAGCAGGAGGCAGCUGGUUGGCUGCACAAGUUGUACCAGGAGAAGGAUGCUUUGCAGGAGCAGUACAUUCAGGAGGGAACCUUUCCAGGAACCCAGUUUGUGCCCCCCAGGCGGCCUUGGACUCUUCUUAACUUUUUAUUCUGGGCUACACUGCUCUUAUCCCCUCUGUUCUCAUUCGCAAUCGGGAUCUUUGCCAGUGGAUCUCCCCUCCUUAUCCUUUCCUUCAUGGGCUUUAUGUGGACAGCCUCAUUCGCAGUGCGGCGCCUGAUUGGUGUGACGGAGAUCGACCGGGGAUCAAGUUACGGGAAUCAUGAGGUGAAGAAGUCGAUUUAGCUGCAGGGAAACACUGGCACAACCUGGACUUUAUCUUUUUAUUUCUUACUAAUGUGACCUGAGGAGGAGGAGGAGGAAGCUCAUAUGGGCCACACAGUGACUUUAAGAGCCAAUAGGAUCCCGCCAUUACAUAGGCGCAAGCAAACCUGCUUACUGCCCACAACACCAGUGACUGUAUUAAUUCCUUUUCAUGCUGCAUAAUUUCUCAUCACAAGCCAUCCUGUAAUCAUGCACCCAGGGGGAACUCAUUCUCCAGACAUAUAAUACCCCACUCUCUGCUGCUGCGCACCUCUCUGAGCCAGACCCCCCCCUCCACCUUAUGAGAUCUUCUGGCCGUCAAAGGGGCCACAGGAGGCCCCCAGAAAACGCAGCAUUUUCUCUGCAUGGAAAAAAAACACACACCAAUCUGCUCUCCUCUGCAUAGAACAAAGCAUGAUGAGACUGUGGAAGGACAGACUGCUCUGCGACUAGAUUUGGAGAGGAGUGUGCAAGGGCUCUGCUCUAAUUGUGCACACACAACACUACACCACUGAGUUUUUUUUUUUUGUUGAAGCCCUGCUCUGAGGUACAAAGGUACAAGGUUAGGACCCCCUUAACCUUGAACACCCCUUAGCAACUAUUCCAACAAUAUCUGCAGUGCUCACCCUGAAUCUCACACUGGGCUUCCAGGACUGUCUAGAAGAACAAAUGGUAUCCUCUCCAAAUCUCACCCCUAAACUUGCCAUUUGGCAGGCCCCCUCCCUUUGCUACACGCACACUACCUCGCGGCUCGGUAUACACACACUGUUUGGGAAGGGGGCAAAGUUCUAUACUUUGUAUAGUGGGUCCCCGCUGAGCAGGAGCUGGGUUUCCAGUCAGGGGAGGGUGAAGCCAGGAACAUGGUGCCAACUAGCUGGCCUGUGUUGCAAAGUGAGGUGACUUUAACAUGUAUUUGCACAGGGUACUGAUGGGGGGGGGGGGUGUGUGUGUGUGAACAAUUCUGAUAGAAACCCAAUUUAAAACAUAUAGCCAAUGGUAGUUACGUUAGAUAUAGCCCCUCACCUGAGGCACCUCCCUUCUUGUGCUUCCCACUAAUUUUACAGGAAACAGAGAAGGGAAUGCAGCUGUGUGCAGCCACGGGUCAUUAAGCAUGGGGGGACGGGACCCAAUAUUUCCCAAAUUGUUUUCCCAAAUUCCCUCUGAGACACUGUCUCAGAAUAUUUUGGAUGUGGUCUGGGGGUCCAACAUCUCUGAACUUCCUAACUACCACCCUCAGUUUUGCUAUUCUGUUAGCCAGAUUUAGGCCAUGUGGCCCCUUUAGGGUUUAAUGCUGCCUCUGCCUGAGGAUAGCAGUAGAUCUAGAUAGAGGUGGUGUCAGACAUAAUCAUGAUGUUCAUUUAAAGGCAUAUCGUCAUCCCAUAGAGUGGAGUAACUAAUGUAGGGGCUAAUCCUAUGGGCUUACACGUGUGUCCUAGAGCAGUGUGUGUGAAUGUGUGCAAGGGCCACAUCUCAGGACCAACUGGAGCGAUUGUGCAUCAGAAUGUUCUCUCUCAUCAUGGAAGAAACCUCACUUGCACAGUGAUCCUCUGGUAGAUGUGACCCUGUGUGUGUAUGUGGCCCAUCUGCUGGGUACUUACUGGUGUAACGGUUUAAUCAAAGCUCUGCACUAUUUGUCAUGUUCCCGCUGAAAGCUCUGUGCAGUGGGUCCGUUGCCUGCUCUCCCAAUGUGAAUGGUGCACCCACUAAAAUAUGUGAAUUUCUUGCACAGAGGGAAUGGUGCACCCGCUGAGAACUGUGUAUCUGUUGCACUGAGUGAAUGGUGCACCCACUAAAAUCUGUGCAUAAAAGGAGUGUAAGGGAGGUCUUGGUGAAUGAUUUGCUUGCUGAGAGUCGUGUCUCAUGUAUGAGUGUUAUGUGCUGCUCUGUUGUAUGUGCUCUCCUAGAGAAUGGGCUGCAGUGUGUGAUUGUGGUGAGGGAGAGGUACAUGGUGCUCCCAUUAUAGUGAAUGCACAAGCAUGUGGACUACUGAUUAAUGCUGGAUAUGGUCUGUGAAUGAUGCCCCUGGGGCUUAGUAUUAUUAUAUAGUGUUACUUUUCUUAUUUAAUGUUCCCUUCAGCAUGUGAGACAGUUACAUAGUUACCCCAUAGUUGCACUAAUGUUCCCCCUUUGGGGUCCCAGACUGGUGUGUGUCCUCCUUCAAAAGGUGCAGGUGCCCUGUGUAUUCCCCGUCCCUCUCCUUCUCGGGGCACCUGCACCUUUCGGUGUUGUGAGUCUGUUGACCACGUCAGGGUAGGAGCCAGUGUAUAUUCCCUGCCCUGUGUUAGUUCAUUCUGCUGCUGAUACUGAGAAGCUGUGGUCCCCUGGAGCCUCAGACAUUUUAUGAAUGGAGCUGCUUAGGAGGGGCUGCUGUUGUGCACACUAGGGUGUAGGAAUUGGUGACUAGAGAAGGGAGAGAGCAGGGGUCACCCUGACGUUUGUGUGUAGGGGGAGUGCUGAUUGUAUGGGUAGCGCUGAUUGUAUGGUGUGUAUAUGGAAUGAAAGCUGUAUUUGGCAUUUACAUGCUGCACGUGUUUGUACACAAGGGGGGAGCUGCUCCUGUGUGAGUGUUUGUACACAUGGGGGGGUAUCUGUGUACUCUGCUUUCAGUUCACAUAUUUCUGCCCAUUUUUCACCCAUGUAACGAUCGACUAGGAGUAAUAAAUAAUACGUGAACUACAGUGUGCGACUCCUAAAUGGGUGUGUGGGCAGGACACUGACACUGCUCAUUCUGGAGACACAGAUUUGUGAGGGAGGACAUGGAGUUGCACUUACACACCCUUCAAUAGGUGCAACAGGAAUUACAGGCACAAGAGUGGUGGCGGGGUGUCUUUACCAAAGUGGGUACAGGCACAUUAUAAUGGUGUCAAUGCUGCCCCUGUACUGCUGUGCCUAGGGAUUGCGAGGGUGCCACUAGAGUACAUCAUCACUGUGGGAUUAAAGAUCUAAAUGGAAUGUG